UAUAAAUAUUAUGCCCGCCAUCUUGAAUAGUAUACUCGCGCACGGCGAUAUUAAACGGUCCGUAAGAGAGUAACUACGUCAAAUCUGUGUUUUUCUCUACGAAAUCGGAUGCAAUGGCAUCCCCAUGGAACUCCGAUCGGUCUGAAACUUUCCCAAGAAUAAAGAGCCAAGGACUUGUUGAGUCGAAACCGGUUCCACAACUCACUUACAUAGAGGAUGCCACAUUCGACGUGAAAGACUUCACUAAUAGAGACUCGGGCAAUGAGAGACAAUUUUAUCGGAAUUCACCACCGACUAUUGUUGGGUAUAGGAAAACGGGGGGCCAGAAUAGUUCAAGAAACAAUUCUCCUGUGCAGAGAAGAUUUGAGAAUGAGCAAAGCAGCCCUGUAUGUAGAAGUCCCUCACUAGACCUAGGCUCGUCCCUUGAUGAUGCCCAGCUGUUCAAAGAUCGACUUGGCAGAUUGCAACAAGACAAGGAGCAACUUUCAUCCCAGCUCUCACACUAUCGGCAAGCAUGCGAUGCGGCAAAGACUGACCUUGCAGCAGAAAAAGUUACAUCUUCACGACUUCACAAUGAGUUACGAGAAGCUAAGCAAGUUAUUUCUGAAAAGGAGCAAAGAAUAAUGGAAUUAAAGUGUGACAUAGAGGGGGGUAAACAAAAUGAAGCAAGACAGUCAGCAUUAAUAGAGUCCUUGCGUCACCGUGUACGCGAAGCUGAGGAUGAUGCAGAGUCUAGGGACAACAUGGCAUCACGUAGUGAUGUCACAAUAAUGUCACUUCGUAAAGAGCUCCAGAGCCUACAAGACAAACUCCAACAUACUGAUGUGUCUCUGAAACAUCACAUAUCUGCAGAGGAACAAGCAGAAAAUAGAGCAUCUAAAUGGGAAACAAAGUACUCAGAAGUACGUUCUCAUCUGAUUAGAGCACUAAAUAUCGACCAUGCAGAAGCAUCAUCCUUGCCAACAGAUGCCCUUAUAAAAAAGGUUGCGGAUGUUGCAAGAGAAAACAGAGCCAUCAAAGACAAAGCCACUUCUUUAGCGCGAAAUCUUCAUGAAAGCAAUAUGGAGUCUAAAGCCAGCAGGGAGACAAUCAUGCGUCUCGUUUCUGAGGUUGGACAAGAGAAGAAAGCCUUAGAUGGUCACAAGCAACAAAUGGAUGCUGUCAUACGAGAGCGCGAUACCUUACAACAGCGAGUUAGAGAGAUGGAGAUUGAACUUGAUACCCAGAAGAGACAGGUGUCAUCAAGCCAAGAUGCAUGGGCAUCACUGAAAAAAGCAUUGGAAGAGAAAGAGGAAAAAAUUUAUUCCAUUGAGCAUGCUUUGAGUACAAGUGAAUACACCGGACAAGCAACGCAAAACAAACUGCAAGGGUUUAUCCGGCAAGUGGCUCAGAUGGUCAGUGAAGUGAACGAGGAGAUGCUACAUGACGAGCAAACCAUACUGAACCGGGUAGACGCUAUGAUCAAGGGAUACAGAGACUUUAAAACGACAUCUGAGUCGUUGCACGUCCAGCUGCGUAAUCUGUCCGACGAGUUAGACAGCCAGAGAAACUUGCAUCGCACGACCCUUAAACGAGCGACGCAAGCCGAGGAACAACUCAAGGAGGCCCAAGAACGCGUAACGGGACUUGAGGGAGAGCUGCUGUCAUCUGACGUGGAGAGAGAUGGACUUAAGGAAGACAAGCGGAAGUUUGUCGCGUUUUGUGAGAAGAUGGCGCGCACGAUGAAGUUGGACGAGAUCGCUGAUGACGUAGGCUUUGACGUCAAUGGAGAAGCGCUGGUAGCAAGAGCCGAACAACUCGUCAAACUUGAGACCGACGCUCUUGAUGAUAGGAAGACUACCAUCUACAACCUGCAAAGACGCUUGAAAUGGGCGAAACAGCAAAUCGAAAGCAAAGACCUUCACCAGGGAUUACUCAAGAAGAAGGUCACGAGCCUGGAGGAGCUACUCCAUGACAAGGGGCGAGUCGAGGUCGAGCGGGACGAGAACUCCAUCAAGUACAGAAAACUCGUCAAACAUAACGAGAAGCUGCAUCGAGAAUUGUUAGAUUAUAAGCAAGAGGUUACCAACUUGAAGGCGAAGCUCAUGGAGAUUUCCGAACUGAAGGUGACUACAAUCGAGCAGUGUAAGACCAUAGAAGGUCUAGAGCAGGCUCUGAACAAGCUAGCGCGGAGCAAACAGAAGACUAAAGAACAGUUAGAUGGGAUUAAGAGCGAACUGGGCGUGGCCGAGAGUGAGGCGCGGGAGACUAGGUCCAAGGCCAGCAUGACACAACAGCAGCUAAGGAGCGAGCUUGAGACGACGAAACUAGCGCUGGAAGAGAGCAGGAUACGCGAAAAACAGCUGCUCAACUUCCGUCAAGUCCUGGCGCGGUUACUAGGCCUUGACGUCAACAACCUCUCGGUCCCAGACUACGACAUCAUCUCACGGCUGGAGAGACUUGUACAAGCUCACCACGCCCACUCCAUCACGACGCACAGUCUUGAGGGGAGCCUACAAGACCUUGAGAACGGGUUUAGGUCCGGUUACGACGACGCAAUCGCUAUACUUCGGACCCCCUCCCCCAUGAAAACCAUGUAAGAGUUUAGGUCUGCCCUUUCGAAUGGUGCAUUCACCUCAGCGAAGGACGUAAAACGGCUGAUUUAUGGAAGUGAGGCUCAGCGAAUGACACUUUAGCCCCGAAAACAAUGUCAAGGCGAACUAUUUUUGCUGCUUGCCGUAACGAAUAGAAUUCCAGCACAACGACAGCCAAUGCGUAUCCCUUAUGUCAUGUGAGGACACGUGUUCGCUAGUCUUCGUUAUGUCUAAACUACGAUUCUCUGGUGGAAAAUUGAUUAGCAUAGGUAUAUCCUUCCCUCAACGGAAUAUCCAUCGCCUUGGGCGGGGAGAGAAGAGGGACGAGACCAUGGGUACUGGACAGUGUUGGGUUGAUGUGUCCCUUUUAGUUUAAGCUGAGUGUUCAAAGACGUUUAAUAUGCCCGCGAUUGGUGAUACAGAAGUUUGAUACAUUAAAAUCUUGCGACAGGAAAACAUGUCAUCAUAGGCGCCCUAUAGUGUGACGCGCGCUACGGUGGCCACAAAUACAAGGUUUACCAUGCGACGCGCGCUACCGUGGCCACCAAUACAAAGUUUACCAUGCGACGCGCGCCACCGUGGCCACCAAUACAAGGUUUACUAUGCGACGCUAUUACUUAUUACUAUUACUUAGACAUAAGAAAGCUAACCAAUCAGGAUGCGAGAAUCAGUUCUGAUUGACAUGAACAUCAUAGAGGAUUAUAAGAGGAUUCUAUCCUGCUCUGAUCUGCUGUUGUUGGUUUAAUUCGAUUAUUCAAAAAACUGUCAAGGUGGCCACAAUAGCGUGUGUCGCUUUGUAAAUGAAUGGGUUCAUUUCUAGAUUUUUUGUGGUGUAUUAAUUAGCACCAUUCUAUCAACAAUAGAUCUGAGUACCAAAGUAGAUUAUCUAGCUAAGUAUCCUCUCGAUUUUUAUACGAGUUUUUUUUACUGGUAUCGUGUAGUAAAUUGCUGUAUUUUUAUCUAAUCUUUGUACUUAAUAUUUGGAUUUGGAUUGGGACGUAGAAAUUUCCAAGCUUUUGUAUGUAUAAUAGAAAAGAGGUUAUGAAAUAUACUAAAAACAAACGUCAGGAUAUAACUGAUUUAUUUAAUGAAGAUAUUCUAUCGCAUGUAAUGUGUUACUUAUAAUAAAACGAAGUUUUGGACA